CUUCCGCACGAGCCAAAACAAAAUCCACGUAAAAAGGUUGAUAUUCCGGCGUUUAUUUAUAAAUUAUCCGAUGUCAGCCGCCAGGAGCCAGGAAUACGACUGCACCACGAAGUGCAGACACCGCCAGCAUGGUAACACCAUCACCGCCGCGCUGACGAAGCGCUCCAUUGACCACCAGAAGCUGGCGGCUUUUAUUUUCAAGACGUGCGGAAAUUUCGCCAAUAUUCUGGACGACCUGGGACGAUCGGCGGUGCACAUGUCUGCCUCCACGGCGCGCUACGAGAUUCUGGAGUGGCUGCUCAACCAUGGAGCCUACAUCAAUGGUCAGGAUUACGAAUCCGGAAGUAGUCCACUGCACAGAGCCCUUUAUUACGGCUCUAUAGAUUGCGCCGUCCUGCUGCUUCGUUACGGAGCCAGUUUGGAGCUCCUGGAUGAGGACACCAGGUGUCCCCUGCAGGCCAUCUGCCGGAAGUGCGAUGAUGAUGACUUCGCCACGGAUUCCCAGAACGAUGUCCUGGUUUGGGGCUCCAACAAGAACUACAACCUGGGCAUUGGCAACGAGCAGAACACCAAUGCCCCGCAGGCGGUGGACUUCUUCCGCAAGUCCAACCUGUUUCUGGAACAGGUGGCCCUGGGCGCCUACCACAGUCUGUUCUGCGACAAGAAGGGUCACCUCUACGCCGUGGGUCAUGGCAAAGGCGGUCGCCUGGGCAUCGGAAUGGAGAACAGCCUGCCUGCCCCCAAGAGGGUUAAGGUCUCUUCAAAACUAGGCGACGACUCCAUACGGGACAUCAGUGUGUCCCGCCAGCACUCGCUGGUGCUCACGCAGCGCUCGCUGGUUUUCGCCUGCGGCCUGAAUACAGACCAUCAGCUGGGCGUGCGUGAUGCCGGCGAGCACCUCACCCAGUUCAAGGAAGUGGUCGCCUUGCGUGACAAAGGUGCCAGCGAUCUGGUGCGCGUGAUCGCCUGCGAUCAGCACUCGAUCGCCUACGGCAGCAGGUGUGUCUACGUCUGGGGGGCCAAUCAGGGCCAGUUUGGCAUCAGUGCUAACACGCCGAGCAUUAUGGUGCCCACACUGAUCAAGCUGCCUGCCAGGACUACAAUUCGUUUUGUGGAGGCCAACAAUGCAGCCACGGUAAUUUUCAGCGAGGAGAAGAUGAUUACCCUUUACUAUGCAGACAAAACUAGAUAUAUUAAGACGCCCAACUACGAAGAUCUCAAGAGCAUAUCGGUGAUGGGUGGCAACCUAAAGAACUCCACAAAAGGGUCGGCGGCGGCUCUGAAGCUCUUGAUGCUGACUGAGACGAAUGUGGUGUACUUGUGGUACGAGAAUACUCAACAGUUUUACAGAUGUAAUUUUUCGCCCAUACGCCUGCCCCAAAUCAAGAAAAUCCUAUACAAGUGCAAUCAAGUGAUGGUUCUAUCCGGGGAUGGCUGCGUUUAUCGGGGGAAGUGCAAUCAGAUAGCCCUGCCGUCUUCAGGACUGCAAGAGAAAUCCCGCGGGAAUCUGGACAUCUGGCAGGACAACGAUCAGAACAAAACGGAAAUCUCCCGGGAGCAUGUGAUCCGCAUCGAGCUGCAGCGAGUGCCAAACAUCGACCGAGCCAACGACAUAUUUUGCGACGAAGGAUUCUCCUCCUUUGCCGUUUUGCAGGAGUCGCAUGCCAAAUACUUCCGAAAGCCCACACUGCCGCGCAGGGAGCACAGCUUCAAGAAGCUACUGCACGAGACCAGCGACUGUGAUGCUGUCCACGAUGUUGUGUUCCAUGUGGAUGGCGAGAAGUUUGCGGCCCACAAGUUCAUAAUUUACAGUCGGGCUCCAGGACUUAGGGAGCUCGUACGCUGCUAUCUGGACAAGGAUAUCUAUCUGAAUUUGGAGCAUUUAACGGGGAAGAUGUUCGAGCUGAUUCUAAAGUACAUAUACACGAGCUACUGGCCAACAGAGGAUGAUAUCGACUGCAUCCAGCAAAGUCUGGGGCCCGCAAAUCCUCAACAUCGAACCCGCACCUGUGAGAUGUUCCUGCCGCAUCUGGAGAAGUUUCAACUAGUGGAACUGGCCAAGUACGUGCAAAGCUACGUGCGUGAUUCCCAAUUCCCAAUGGUCAAUAUCCGCCAGCGCUUCAAUCGCUUGCAUCGCUCCGAUUACCCGGAGCUUUACGAUGUGAGGAUAGUGUGCGAGGACGGAAAGAUACUAGAGGCCCAUAAGUGCAUGUUGGUGGCGCGUUUGGAGUACUUUGAAAUGAUGUUUAUGCACUCGUGGGCGGAACGCUCUUCUGUCACCAUGGAAGGAGUUCCCGCGGAGUACAUGGAGCCGGUUCUGGACUACCUGUACAGCCUGGAAACUGAGACCUUCUGCAAGCAGGGUUAUCUGGAGACUUUCCUUUACAAUAUGAUCACCAUAUGCGACCAGUACUUUAUAGAGUCCCUACAGAAUGUGUGCGAGUCGCUCAUCCUGGACAAAAUUAGCAUACGAAAGUGCGGCGAGAUGCUCGAAUUUGCCGCCAUGUACAACUGCAAGCUGCUGCAGAAGGGCUGUAUGGAUUUCAUUUGCCAAAACCUGGCAAGAGUGCUUUGCUAUCGCAGUAUUGAGCAGUGCGAUGGGGAGACUCUGAAGUGCCUGAAUGAGCACUAUCGAAACAUGUUUAAAAGGGUGUUUGAUUAUCGGCAAAUAACCCCAUUCUCAGAGGCUAUAGAAGAUGAGCUAUUGCUCAGCUUUGUUGACGGUUGUGAAGUGGACCUGGAUUAUAGAAUGGAUGCGGAAUCCAAGCUCAAGCAGGCCGCCAAGCAUAAACAGAAGGAUUUGCGCAAGCAGGGUGCUCGUCAUCAGUAUGAGCAGCAGGCCAUAUCUAGUAUGAUGCGAUCUCUGAGCGUCAGCGAAUCGGCUCCAGGGUCAGAGGUGCCCUCAUCCCCCCAGGAAAGCGCUCGCAGCGAGGCUAAAAACUGGUCGCGAGUGGUGGACAAGAAGGAUCAAAAGCGGAAACAGGCUGAAACUGCUUUCAAAGUAAACAACACUCUUAAGCAGGAAGAGCCACCGACUCCUGAACUGAUUCCUAUUGAAAGGAAGCCCCUGAAGGAGCACACACCUCCGCCAUCCUCCUCCGAAACGGAAUCCACCACGCCGUUGAGCAAGAGUUACAACCUUGACUUUAGCUCCUUGACGCCCCAGUCGCAGAAACUGUCGCAAAAGCAGCGGAAGCGUCUAUCCUCCGAAUCGAAGAAUUGGCGUGCCAAUAACCCACCCCUGGUGGAUCAACCCACCACUCCAGUGGCCGUGCCGAAUGCCUGGGGAGUAACUGCCACUCCAUCGGGUUCUUUCAAUGACUCCUUCACGUCUCCAACCACUGGAAGCAGUUCGGAUCCGACUUCAUUUGCCAACAUGAUGAGGGGACAGGCGGCCUCCUCCACCACAUCCACGGAGCACGGGCAGAGCUUCUCACGCAUCUUGGCCGAUGAGAGGAGACAGAGGGAAACCUACGAGCGGAUGAGGAACAAAUCGUUGGUUCACACGCAGAUCGAGGAGACUGCCAUUGCCGAGCUGAGAGAGUUCUACAAUGUGGACAACAUUGAUGACGAGACCAUAACCAUUGCCCGCAUGUCCAGGCCCAGUGACAUCAACUUUAGCACCUGGCUGAGGCAGUAAAUGGUUACAGGUAGCUUAGUAGUUUGAAGUGUUUGUCUUGUAGUUUUUGUUUUUAUUUGAGUGUCCGAAUUGUGAGGGAUUUUUGAGGCGUUCUACUGCGACCGGGGCAUCAAAUGUAGAACUCGGAGCCGCCUGCAAAGAAGCUCACGAUGUACUCGUUCUGAACCAGAUGCAAUCGGGGAAUUGGACGGCAAAUUGGGUAACAAACUUUAUUGCAUGAGCACAUAGAUUAUACAUAUAGAUAUAGAUAUUUACAAGCUGGGGGACACACUCAACAAUGAGGCAACAAGACAAGUGACGAAUAAAUAGCCAUCUAAGCUAAGCUAAACCGAACCGAACCCGAAAUAAACCCGUUGCUUAUGCAAAUGA